AUGUCUACUUCUGAGAUACUAGUAGCUGAUGAUCACCUCGAAUUGCCUGCAGGGACCAAAACUAUUCCACCAGCCCACACCAAUUCCAAGGUUCAGACUGAUCUCUAUGGGCUUGAACUUUGGGAAGGUUCCUUUCCCGUCGUCGACCUAGGAGCCCUUCAUGGUCCUAGUCGCUCUGAUACCAUCAAACAGCUUGGCCAUGCUUGCCAACACUAUGGUUUCUUUAUGGUGAAGGACCAUGGAAUUUCAGAGACGCUGUUGAAUGACAUAAUGGGCAUAACAAGAGAGUUCUUCCAUCUACCAGAGGAAGAAAGGAUGAAAUUAUACUCUCCUGACCUAACCAGUCUCAUCAGACUUACUAUCGGCUUUAAGGACGAUAAUCAGAAUGUUUUCGUCUCCAGGGAAUCCUUGAAAUUUUUUAGUCAUCCUCUUGAAAAUUAUGUGAAUCUCUGGCCUACAAAUCCUUCAUACUUCAGGGAGAUUGUAGCUGAGUAUUGUGUAGCCGUUGAAAGGGCAGAAAUAACACUAAUUGAGGCCAUAUUUGAGGGCUUAGGCAUGAAAAGGGAAUCUAUAGAUCAAAUAUUAAGCAAACAUGGACAAUACACGUCUUUGAACUACUAUCCAGUUUGUGACGAGUCAAAUCUAGAACGCACUUUUGGACUGCGUGGUCAUACUGACCCUACUAUACUCACAAUGCUACUGCCAGAUGAGGUGCCUGGACUUGAAAUUCUACAAAAUGGUGAGUAUGUACCUGUGAAGCAUAUGCCUAACGCCUUGGUAGUCCAUGUUGGUGACAUACUGCAGGGGCUUAGCAAUCUUCAAUACAAGAGUUUGCUGCAUAAAGUUCUUGUCAAUUCUGAAAAAGAACGUUUUUCCAUUGCUUCAUAUUGCUAUCCAUCGAAUGAUACUCAAAUGGGACCUCCUAAGGAAUUGAUCGACAAUGAUCAUCCAGCAAUUUAUAAGGAUUUCACCUAUGAAGAAUUCUACAAUGUAAUGUGGGAACGAAGACAAGCAGAUGCUGCCCGCUUGGACUCAUUCAAAGUUUCUGCUGCUUAG